CCGGCUUCCUGGUUCCGGGUUCCGUCAGGGCACCGGGGGCCGGCAAGCGGGAGCCGCCAGGGCGGCGGCGGAGCAGGGCCAUGGAGAAGCUGCGGCGGGUCCUGAGCGGCCAGGACGACGAGGAGCAGGGCCUCACGGCGCAGGUCCUGGAUGCCUCGUCCCUUAGUUUCAACACCAGGUUGAAGUGGUUUGCGAUCUGCUUCGUGUGCGGCAUUCUCUUCUCUAUCCUUGGAACUGGAUUACUGUGGCUUCCCGGGGGCGUCAAGCUUUUCGCAGUGUUUUACACGCUCGGAAACAUCGCCGCGCUGGCCAGUACGUGCUUUUUAAUGGGACCCAUGAAGCAGCUGAAGAAAAUGUUUGAAACGACAAGAUUGCUUGCAACAAUCAUCAUGCUUUUGUGUUUCAUACUUACAUUGUGCGCUGCUCUUUGGUGGCACAAGAAGGGCCUGGCCUUGUUGUUCUGCAUAUUGCAGUUCUUGUCGAUGACCUGAGUCAACUGCCCGUGGUUGCAAAUCCCGCUUCUCGGCCUUCCCGAUGCCUGUGGUGACCUGUCCCUCCGAGUAUCCGGCCUCGCCCUUCCCUCCCGGCCACAUGCUCCCCUCCUCCGGGAAGCCUCUUUAGGGUCUGGGCUGCGGUGAGUGUGUGAUGGGUGGGGUUGGUUGCGCCCCUCCUCACACGCCUCCGUGUUUGUCACAGAUCCAGUAUCUGUCAGAGGGUUUUCCUUCUUCAGAGCUGAGUUCGUGCGCUCCCUGCAGGGGUCAGGCCACCCUGCCUGGGCUCGUGGCCUUCAGCCUCUCUGACGUCGCCCCUGCGAGAUCAGUCUUUCCUUGCGCCCUGUUCCCCUCCGCUGGUCGCGGCCUCGACGGGUGUUACCGGCGCUUCUCUGUGCGUGGCUUCACUCGUGUUCGGGGAACCGUGGGAAGGUGUAAAUCCCGGUCCUUGGCCUUUUUCUGUAAGAGGUUGCAUUUUGUGGCAUCAUCUGUACGUGAUGGUUGAUGUAUCCCUGAAGGGGAAUGCCAUUUAUUCUCGCUUUACUCUCUUGAUCGAAAAGACUUAAAAGGGUGACCUUCUUGCCGGAACAGGCCCAGACUGUAGCGGGCGGUUGAGUCCCACAGAUGGCUCCUGAAAACACAGAGUUUCUUGUGCGGGGGGCGGGGGGCGGGGGG